CAAUGUUUAUUUCCGGGUUGGAAUAGUCACAAUUAGGUUACAUCAAAACAACAACAGUGAACAAAAGAUUAAACGAUAUGAGUCGUAUUUAUGAUAAUCAACCAUUGUCAAAUUUGCCAUUAGUAAAUAUCAACGUGAGUGAAGAAUGGAAUAGCAGAAAACACGAAAGUGGUAAUGGUGUGUUGUUUGAGGGAUGUAUUCAAAAACGAGCACAUUUCCAGAUUUGUGAUUGUAAAAAAACAAAGGUUCAGUAUUACAUAUUUUAUAUGAAGAUUGCACGAGCACAUAAACGUAAAUUUGACAACAAUGGGACUGAAGUAGAACCCAACUUUAGUGAGACAAAAAAAGUUAAUACAGGAUAUUUGAAUUCCUCAUAUAAAGUGGAAGCUAGAGGAGAGACUGAUUUACUUGACAUCUCACAGACACUCAAUAUAAUAAAUAAACCAGAGCUCACCAAACACACAGACAAAUAUGGAUCACCUGAUUUAGCUGCAGUUUGGCUACAUGAAGAAAAGAUCGGAGGUUUGGAAUUCGAAUGUGGUGAUCAAGUGAGAGUAAAAACAAAAGGAGAUGGCCCUUUUGUGUUCAGUAUAUCUAAGUUAGAUAAUGUCUCAUCUUCCGUCUCUAACUAUGCCGGCGGGGAAUCUGUCGGAGCAUCAUGGACAGACAAAAUAAUGGAUCUGAAAUCAAAUGUACCAACUAGCAAGGAGAACGAGGGGGUUGAUGAAGAUGAAUGGGAUGACUGAUGUGGUGUACAAUAUGUGGAAGUUCAUGGGAAUAAGAUCUGAGUGGAUCUUUGGUUAAAUAAAACAAGAUGUAACACAGUGUGGCAAUGUGUAGAUAGUGGUUUAUAUGACUAUAUGAAAACCGAAAAAUAUUAAUAUGUUGAAUUAUAUUAUUUAAUUUACAAAUGUAGAUUCUAUAUAUACAUAUGUGUUCAAUUUUACAAGACUGCAUGGCUAUACAAAGUGUUUUAUUUACUGGUAGUACCCAUUAAUAAAAUUAUAUAACAAUUGUUCACUAGAGUUCUUUUUGUAGUAUGUGUUAUGCUAUUAAAAACAAAUGUGUAAACUGAUUAAAAUUUCUACAUGGUGUCAUGGAAAUGUGUAUGUUCAAGAAAUUACAUUUAUGCAAUAUA